AUGGCAAAUGAAAAUUACACUGUAGACAGCUUUGUAAUCACUGGAUUUGAUCACCUGUCAAACCAGAAACUCCUUGGAUACCUUAUCUUAAUAACCUACAUGCUCAUAUUGCUUGGGAAUGGCAUCAAUCUAUGCAUUAUAUUGACAGACAGACAUUUACACCAACCAAUGUACAUUUUAAUCUGUAACCUAGCUGUCGUCGACAUAAUGUUCUCAUCUACCUGCAGCACUACCAUGAUCUCAGUGCUGCUAGCUGAGAUUAAAACAGUUUCAUACUACUCUUGUAUUUCAAGGAUGUACUUCUAUCAUCUUGGUGAUAUCAAAGUGUGCUUGGCUCUGUCUUUGAUGGCAUUAGACAGAGUUCUUGCAAUAAGGCUUCCACUAAGGUAUCAAAGCAUUGUGACAAAUUCAAGAACUUUUCUGCUAAUUUUGCUGUCCUGGCUUGCUGGUUUCAUUAUAAUGGGUGUUAUGACAUCAACAAUAGACAGUCUUCCAUACUGUCAGCCCAUCAUCAGAUAUGUGUUUUGUGAUUAUCCUGCUAUGGUCAGAGCAGCUUGUGUCAAUCCUGAACCCUACUUUUUAUUUCCAGCAAUGAUUAACCUGUGGUUGAUGUGUGGACAGUUUCCAUUUAUUAUAUGCACUUAUGCUGUCCUGGCAUAUAGUGUAACCAAACUCUCCAACAACUCAAGCAAAAAGCAAAUGAUCAAUACAUGUUUAAGUCACCUCAUUGUUUUGUUCAGUUAUUAUGCUCCAAAGCUGGUCUCUAGCUUACUAACUCGUAUAGGAGUUGUGCUUUAUUUAACAGAUCGUAAUGCAAUAUUAAUUGUUGCCUCCCUUGUUCCAUCCCUAAUACACCCCACUGUCUAUUCAAUCAGGACUAAAGAGAUCAGGAAACGAUUAGCAGAUGUAUUUUGGGGUAAAACAAGUUCAUGA